CGGGAGCAGUUGUGUUCGUGGUUUAGUGGAAAAAAUGCCGUUCUACUAAGGUUUAUUUACCAAAAAUAAAUUUAGCUCCGAUAUACUUCGUGUAACUCGCAUCCUCUGUUUCAGAAGGGGAUUUUGUCGUCAUCGUAACCGAGUGCAUCAGUGUCCGCGAUAGGCUUCUUCUCGUUUUACACUUUGCCGUACUGGUGCAGAUGUUUGUGAUGUGACGGAAAAGCGACUCAAAAUUCUAUCGUUUAUACGCCGUACACGCGCUCUCGGAGAGAAAAGGUUCUUACGUUACGCGAGGAUCAGAUGAAAAAAUGCGCAACGCAAUAAAUUCUGGACUGGUUGCAUUGCUGUUUGAUAUACCGGUUGGUUGAAAGUUUCUUGAAGAUUUUUUUACGAGGUUGAAGACAAUGCUAAUAGACUUUCAGAGUGGCAGUGUAUAAAAAACAAAAACAGAACGGAAGGCAGCUUCUCAUAGUGAUUAUUGCGUUUUUCAACUUUGCCGACUCAGCUUAGUGAAUCUAAACGGACCAGGUUGUGCCACUUUAGAGUAUGAAAGUGAUUCUUGUACGGCUUCCGUGGUUGCUGUGGAAAAAACAGUGAUUAGAAGUGUGAAUCGGAAUAUAUUACAAUUUGUAUAAAAAUAAUAAACGGUCGUGAGAAAAAGCGACGGUGCAAGACGAAGAGAGUUUACAAAAAUAUUUCGCGACAAGUGGAUGUGCUAACAUACCUUACGAUACACUCACACCCGAAUACGUGCAAAUAUUCGUAUUUCGUGCCUUGUUGGACGGCAGCUCGAAUCGUGCGGUAAUAUUGUAAACACAGGCUAAGCUCUCGGUAGGGGCACGCAGGGUUAAAAGAUGGAUUCGUUUGGAUCGCCCUGGCCGGCAUCGUCGCGCGAUGGACUUGACGGUCUGUCGAACGACGGUGUUCCGAUGGAUGCCCUCACCGAGCUGCAGGAUGGGGCCUUCGAACCUCAGACACGUGCACGAUCCAACACAUGGCCAUUGCCAAGGCCGGAGAACUUUGUCGAACCGGAAGUGGAAUCCGAAAGCAAUAAGUGUAGUAAUCAGCAGUUGGCAAGUACUGGUACCAAUGCAAAUCAACCGCAAUCAGUGCCGUCCACCACGAAGAAAAACUCUUCGCGCCGUAACGCUUGGGGUAACCUGUCGUACGCUGAUUUAAUUACACAAGCAAUUAGUUCAGCAGGUGAUAACCGACUAACGCUCAGCCAGAUCUAUGAAUGGAUGGUGCAAAAUGUGCCAUAUUUUAAAGAUAAGGGAGACUCCAACAGCAGCGCAGGGUGGAAGAACUCGAUCAGACACAACCUAUCGCUGCACAACCGAUUCAUGCGAGUACAAAACGAAGGAACCGGCAAGUCAUCCUGGUGGAUGCUGAACCCGGAUGCGAAACCGGGCAAAUCGGUCCGUCGAAGAGCCGCCUCUAUGGAGACGUCGAAGUACGAGAAGCGCCGCGGUCGAGCUCGGAAGCGAGUCGAAGCUAUCCGACAGCAGGCGGCUCUGGGGCUUGCAACCAACGCUUUAAACGAUGCCACUCCGUCACCCAGCAGUAGCAUAAGUGAAAACCUGGACUCGUUCCCCGAGAGCCCCCUGCAUAGUGGUAACUUUCAACUGUCUCCCGACUUUCGGCAACGUGCUUCGUCAAAUGCGAGCUCUUGUGGCCGUUUGAGCCCGAUCCAAUCAAUAGUGGGCAUCGAUAACACGUGGACCUAUCCGCCAGAUCUGGCAGAACUGGCAGACCCGCCGGAGAGUGUACAGACUGUUGAAGCGGAGCUUAACGCCCAGGGACAGUCUCAGCUGGAUAAGCUGGUCGGAUCAUUUGCGGAUGACCUUACACUGCAGCAGACUGAUUUCUUCAAAGGGUUCAACCAAGCAACGACGCUCCACAGCCAACCUCCGCCACCAUAUCAGCCACCGCAGCCGUACUCCUUGCACGCGACGGUGGCCCAACCGUUCGGUUUCCAGCAGCAGAGCCAGUGUCCAAUUCACCGCCUGCAACAGUGCACCUGUAUGCUACAAAACAAUACCCGCGAGAGCAUGUCGCCCGCGUCUGGAACUGGCAUGUCGCCGUCGUAUCCACACAGCGAACCGUCGCCGGAUUACGCAAUGCUAGUGGGAGCCCGUGUGAUACAGCGAACGCCAUCGACCAGCCCUCCGCUGACACCCAACACCGUUUGCGGUAUGGUGACGACGCAUCAGAACGACAACACUCCGCAAACGUUAAUGGGCCAAUUUAUGGAGGCGUUAAAUAAUCAAACAAACAUAGACGAUAUAAACAUCAACUUGGAAUCCUUUCCUGGAGGACUGGAGUGUAACGUUGAUGAAGUGAUAAAACAUGAGCUUAGCAUGGAAGGAUCGUUGGAUUUCAAUUUUCCAAUAUCGAAUCACAGCACCUACACGCCAACUAAUAGUUCUAACUCGCAGGAUUCGACAAUCAGUGCAAUAGCCGCAACACCAAACCAGGCAACCGCACCCCUACCCCACGGCCAGUACACGGCCCGAACGAGCGUCACACCACCUUCCUGGGUUCACUGAGGGUGGCUGUGAAUUGGAGCGUACUUGAUGGAUUCGUUACUGCGAACACAAAGUGCAUCCAAUGACUAAGCAGAUUGGCGCUCUGAUUGCGAUGCGCCAAAGCUGGCAGCGACUUCCGUCGAACUGGGCGGAACUCACGAGAAUGGACCCUUGACAUUGGCCUCUAUUGAAUUACAAUACACUAUCCCAAGUUUUUACGACGCAGAAUAUCGCCACGAUCAACAUAUAUUCCUGUAGCAGUUUUCCUCCUGGACGAAACAUUGUUUUGAAAUUCGAAAAGCAAGAAACCGUUUAUUUCACGAACAGAACAACAAGGCUAUCAGUGUUAACAACUCUUCCCAAGCAUCCCUUUUUUGUGUUUUAACCUAAUUCAACUGUAACGAAAAGUUUUUUUUUUAUUUUUAUUACUCUGACAAACUCGACAAAACUAUCAGGAGGAACUUUUUGUCACGUACAUUAUUAAACUAACAGAAAAGCAAAAUACACAGACCUAGAUUGCCGAAAAGAACAGAUUGAUAGGUAACCGUUUAAUAUGUAGCGAGAAUUUUAUCUGAUAGCAGUUUUUGCAGUAGAACUCACUAAGACAAAUAACGAAACAUAGCGCUGUUUUAUGUUUAAGCAAAAGUACAUUGGUUUGUAUGCUAAGAUUAUGUUAACAAUUGUUCUGUUGUUUCGUUUAGAACAUUGCAUAACAUAUGCUCUAGAUUAGUUGUUGAAUUUUGUUAAGAGCCGUUGGAUUAUUCUUUCUACAACUAAUCAAAAAAACUAUAGUGAUAUUACAGUUAGGCUCGGCAAGCAAAUGGUGCUUUUUACUUCCGGAAAAAUAAAAGGCCCGCUUAAGAAAAAAAAAGCAACAGGUGGUUCUCGUUAUGUUUGGCACAGCCCACUGCACAGAGUGGGCGGUGGAACACGAUGUUGUAUGUUUAGCCGUCGCACAAACCAACCCCACUGCCAGCAGUGUGGAGUUGCUUGGCCACAUGCUGUCAGUGCCAGCUUUUUUGCUCAACCGUACACACCUGCCGCCAUCUUUCUUUCGUUCAAUGCUUUGCUUCGCAGGAAGCUCAGGCGCGAUUAGCAAGCGAACAAGCUGUAUAGUCGUUAUCGUUACGCAAAUUGGGGUUCUGCUUCAUAUUAUUAUAGAAUAAUCAGUGCCAUUUAAUGAAUCUUGUAUGAAUUUCAAUCUUCGCUCUUCGAAGAAAUAGCAGCACUUCGUCAAAGAAAGCAACAAUGUAAAUACAAUUCGAUCGCUAGCAAUUUGUACAUAUAGUUACCAAAUAUAAAUAAUAGUAAACAUAAGCUGGCAAGCCCCUCCCUAAUAUUAUAAGGAUAGCCGAUCACUUCUUGUUACAACAACCAGUCGAUUUUAUUUUUGAUGCACCGUGCGAGAAUGUUUCGAUUGCGGAAGAAAGAAAUUACUAGAAUAAACAGAUACAUUUUGGCGAUAAUAUUGUUUCAAUUAAAAACUGUAAAUAUAAUGGAAACCUAGGUGGCAACAUUUGAUCAUACGCUAAUGUUUAAUUAAGCAAGUGGUUAUUAGUGGUAACAAAAAAUGUAUAUUCAUAGUAGAAAGCUUAGUAAGUUAGGGCACUUAACAUUAAGAAAUGUAAGGCGAUUAACGGUUGAUUGAAUUGAGCAUAGAAACCGAAAUUCACAUACACAGACACCCACAAAAACCUAAUUCGAUGCGUCUUCAAAGUUAAUAGAACAAACUGAUCUUCAAUGACCAAGGAAUAUCGUGAAAAUGAAUGUGUUCGUAAAAUUAAUUUUAAAUUCCAUUUUUACUUUACUCUUUUACUUUCCUUUUCGACCGAAGCCCUCUGUGGACGAGAAAAGGAAAACUUUGCGGUAGCAAACAUUGUCGACGAGCAAAAUAAAAAAAUUGUUAUACGUGAAUAUAUAGAAUGGCUUAGAAGCGAUAAUGCUACGCUCUUGUAUGAAAUUGAAAAAUUGAUGCUGAUGGUGAUUUUGUGGAGAAAUUGUUGCUUCGUACAAAUUAAUUAAUACUGCAGAAAAAUGAAACAGUAACAUUGAUUUUGGGUUUGAUAAACGAAUUGGAACAAUAAGAA